CUGUCAGGAAGUUUCUCCUUAGUUCUAGGUUGCUUCUCUCCUUGAUUACUUUCCAUCUGUUGCUUCUUGUCCUGCCUUCAGGCGCUUUGGAGAAUAGCUUGACUCCCUCUUCUUUGGAUGUUUUAAUGCACAUGUACACUUACCUGGGCUCAAUCCUAGGCAAACGUCUUUAUUGUACACAUUUAGAGGAGGAUUAAUUUGCAAAAUUCCAAAACCAUUCAAAAAGCUAUACCUUGAUUAAAGUGCAAAGCAGUGCAAACAUUACCCAAAAGGAAGAAGGGAUGGAGAAGAAAAAUGCAAAUAAGAAAAUUCAGGCACAAGUUAUAGUUGCUUAAAAUAGUUGUCUUGAAUUGAAACAGCUGAGGGGGGUGGGAGGGAGUACCAAAUGUUCAGUGGGAAAUGUUUGGGUGUAUGUGUAUAUACAUGUGACAUAAUGGCACAGACACUCUUAACAUUAAAACCAAGAAGCAAAUUAACUUUUAAUAAAUAACAAAUGUGUUUAAAGCAGGUUAAAUUAAUAGUAACAUGCCUAUUUGUGCAGCAAUUAUUUUUAUGAUCAAGAUGAAAAUUAUAACUAGAAGACUAUCAGUAAAAAUAACACAAUUCCUGUGCUUUAAGUUUUUCAUUAUCAUAGGAAACAAAUGACUUAUCCUGAUGCCUCAAUCUAUGAAAGAGUUCAUUUCUUAUUGCUGGAUGAGACCAGAAAUCCAUUUAGUACAAUAUUUUUGUUAGUGCUCGAUCUGAUGCUGGUUCUCUACACAGGUUAUCCCAUCUGGAAUGAUAGCACUACAUUUAUUUCAUACAAGUGUGAGCUAAAGAAGAGUGGCUACACUUUAAUAAAAAGGAGCUGUCAUACAGGAUAAUCCUAAUAGAUUUAAGCAAAUGUGCUCAGGGAUGAAUUCCUCUGUGGCUAAGAGUAAAUAAUGCUUUACCUAUAUAUAGCUGACUAGGCUGAAGAGGAAGGGCUAGAUGCAGGAGCAUAGCACAGACUCAUUGGCCAUCCAGCCGAAAGCACUAAUUAGCGUCCAGCACAUCACCAGUGCAAAGUAUUAUUAAAUAUCACACACCCCCCCUCCAAUUUGGAUUGGCAAUUGAUCAAACUGUAAUGGUUUUGAUCCUGUGACAAGACAGUACCCCAUUUGGAAAAAGUAAAUAGAGGUAAGAGAGAGCAACUGAGAACAACUGAGAAAUGAAAUUGGGGGGGGGGGUUUACGUGCGACAGCAAAUAGGGAAGGGGAGGCAGGAGAUAUGAGACAUCAAUUCAUGCUCCAAAGCUGUCUGAAGUCAGGGAACCUGGGAAAAUAAAGGGGCACAAUCCCUUUCCAAGACCUCCCAGGAAAAAGCUAUUUGAAGUCCAAGAAAAGUUCUGUUGAGCCAUCUCAGUUAUUAACUACAAUAGAAAAACAAAACAAAAUAGAUGACCUGAAGUAAGAACUGAGCUUUUGUCCAUAAGCUGAUUAAUAUAAUAUCUCAGCCACUACGUGGGACUUACGAUUUACCUGGUGUAGGGAAGGAAGUUGUCAGUCAUCUGGGGAAUUCUACUGGUGAUGUCUAGGAAAGAGUCACCUUGCCACUGCAGUGCUGAGCCAGGAAUUAUAGCCAAGAAGGCUAGAAUGGCAGAUUUUGUAGGCAUUAAGUUUCAUAUUCUGUUCCUACUCUUUCCAGAAAUGAACAGGGAAGGAUCUGACCAAAUCGGUGGAAAGUUAUUGCCGCUCAAUUUUAAAUAUUAAAGUAGGGCAUAAUGGAUGCUUCUGAGAGAGUCAGUUUCUGGCUUUCUGAAAGUUGCAGGAGGCCAUGUAGUGAUGUAAUGAAUUUGCAGGAGGUGUAGAGCUAAAAUUUCUGGACUUUGGGUAGAGAGAUUAUUUAUGGAUGUGGUUCCAAGUGGGAAUGGAGUGGGUAGCCUCUGGGACACAAUUUGCUACCAUUCCUACCUUUAAAUUCCCCCAAGACUGAAAAACAUUCUGAGAUUGUGCCAUCAUUUUCCAGCAGCACCAACCUGGAGUGGUAGCAGGAAGACGUGAAAUGUAUGAUUGUCCAUGAUAUGGACAUGAUACAACCUGGAUAUAUCUUUCUAUUCUGGAAAGGUCACUGGUACAAGUCACUGGUAAAAGACAAGUUUUCUAAGUCAUUCUAAAAUUAAAGUGAAAUAAUUACUUUAUAUUCAUCCUACUCUAGAAAAAAGCCAGGUAAAUGAGAGAACUUGGAAUGGAUAGGAAUAGAUGCAAGUGGACCAGGGUGGCCUCCACCUAGUCUCAGCUAUUUGUAAGGAUUUCCUAAAAACAGAAUUUCCUAAACAAUCGGCAUCUCCAAGGGGGAUGAGGAGGAAUAAAUGACCAAACGUGUGCCAAGAUAUUGAAAUAUAUCAUGUCCAACACCAGGAUGCAAAUACAAAAAGCCAGGAUUGCACCGUGGCGUGAUUAUGUACAAUUUCCUAAUUUUUAUCAGAUGGCAUUGUCUUCUACCUCUGAGUACCUGAAAAUAAGAACUGCAGAGGUUCUGACAAGGAGAUGUAGAGGAUGGAAGAGUAGCAUCAUCAACACAACAUGAUACCUUGUUAGAGGCAAACGCAUCCAUAAUUAUAUGAACCAAGAGUAGUGCAAGGAAUUAGUCCAUUUUGCCAGCUGCUAAGUUACCAGAACUUUCAGAGGAGCAACAACUGCUGGGAAUUCUGAGCAACAGUCUGGGAGUCAAAUUGGCAGCCAGAGUUUCUGUCAAGAAAUGCCAGUUAUGUCAACAAUGAACAAAACCUCAGCUUCAAGACCAAAAUGUGCAAGGUAGAACUGUGGGAAGGGUAGCAGGGAAAACAGUGGAAUUAAACUACAGUGAGUUAAGAAUAGACUGCAUUUUCAGGCUGACAAAAGCCAAUCAAUUAUUUAAGUACCUUCAACCAAGAAUGCAAUAAAAUUUCCUAUUUAUUUGUGCUAUCAAUGUUUUUCAAUCUUGGCAACUUUAAGAUGUAUGGGCUUCAAUUCCCAGAAUUCUCCUGGUGGAAUGCCAACUGAAGCAUUCUGGGAGUUGAAGUCCAUACAUCUGAAAGUUGCCAAGCUUGAAAAACACUGUGCUAUAUCAUACUGUAUGUCCAAGAAUCUUCAAACAAGAUCAGGUCUGUGAGUUUUGUUCAAGCCUACCAAGCUAGUGUCUGAGAACUGCUGCUGAGAGUUUAUCAGUGAACCUGUGAUAUUUGAUGAUGAUGUUAUCCAUUCAGUUGAGUCUGACUCUGGCAAUUCUGUCGGCGAGGUCUCUCCAUUUCUUCCAAUCUUGCACUAUUCUUUGAGUUUUUCUAUGUUCUGGCUGGUGGUUCCAACUACUGUGUUCUUUGAUGGCCUGGUUUCCUUUUACCCCUAAUUCUUCCAAGUGUAAUUGCUUUUCCCAGUGAAUUUCCUUGCAUCACAUGGCCAAAGUGAGGCACAUCUUUGCGAUUUUGCCUUCGCUUGAUACGUCUAGUGUCAUGCGCUCCAAUACUUGCUUUGCUUUUCCCUUUGCUGUCCAAGGAAUACGCAAGAGCCUUCCCAGCUCCAUAACUCAAACAAGUCAAUUUUUCUUCCUGUCUUGCUUUUUUUAAGGUGCAAAUUUCACGACCAUAGGUAGCUAUGGAGGACACAAUGAAUUAACCUACAUUUGGUUGCCAGGCCGAUGUCCUUGCUUUUCCAUAUUUGACUCCUGUUCAUUAUUGCUGUGCUGCUUUAUAUCUCCCCUAAAAGACCGCAACAGAAACAACCACUGUUUCUAGUCCUUUAACUGUUUUUUUUUUUCUCUUCUUGUGAAGAUCUUCCUAAUCACUCUUUCUUCUUUGGACAAAAAGAUUGUCAAGACUGGUGCCUUUAGGGUUGCCCAAGACAAUGAAUGGACAAAGAUAAUUUCUGCUACUGUGAUCACCCAGCAAGUGUGUAACUUCUGUUUACUUGCACAUGUGUUCUGGUGAAGCAGGGCUCAGUGAGGAGGGCGCUGAGCGCGCCGGGCACCUGCUGGCCAUGCUGGCGACGCGAAGGUCGGAUACUUAGUGGAACGAUCCCGAGAAAACCCGGCCAUGGCCCCCGGGGCCGGCUGAACGCAGGAGGUGCCGUGGAGCCGCCGUCGCCGGGAGGGAGCGAAUUCGAUGCCCAGGAAGGGCCGGUACCCAGAAGGAGGCGCUUCACGGCCCGGAUUCUCGGAGCAUGGUCCCCGGAGAGCCGCGCGCAACAGAAGGCGCCCGAUCUGCCGAGACGGAGCGCACGUGCACCAAAAUCCAAGUGGAACUUGAGGCAUCUUGUUGGUAAACUGUUCUGAAGUCACUCAGAAACAGCCAUUCAGACUGUUGGCAGUUGACAAGUAGGAUGGAGUGGAGAGUUGACGGGUCAAGGAACAGAUUAGACAGACCUCCCUCUGCCUGCAGGAGUUUGCCUAUCCAACAAGCACGAUUCAGGGAGCAGGGUUUGUGGAGUAUCUUAACUAUACUAUCACUGUUUGCUGGGACAGUCAUGGCAAGUUCAGAGACAGCUUUGGGAAGCAUGGGCUCUGUCAGCUCUGCCUCUAUGGAGGAAAACAGCAUGGAAACACCGUCUCUGGCUGUGUGGAAUCACUGGCAUGGGGAAAACAUGACCAUGCAAGACCUGAGCACAUCAGAACUUCUCAGGGCUGAGCGUUCCCCAUCAGGCUCAAGCAGUAUCAGGAGAAGCUCCAGAAGGGCUGGAGGUGGUGGUCGUAGCCGCAGUUGUCGCUUACGUAGCCACCCAAUCAACGUACGGGAUCUGGGGCUUGGCUAUGAUUCUGAGGAGGUUGUUCUAUUCAGGUAUUGCAGCGGGACAUGCAGGCUUGCCCGCACUGACUAUCACGAAGUCCUGAAUCACCUUGUACGGCAAGGUAUCAUUGUUCCUAAGCAUAAUGAUUACAUUUCUCAACCCUGCUGCCAACCCAUCCGGUAUGAGAACCUCUCUUUCCUGGAUGCGCACAAUGUCUGGCAAAAUCUGCAAGAUAUUUCAGCAGCUGAAUGUAGUUGUCGGGGCUAAAUAUGCUAUCUGUUCAGAACUCACGGGGUCUUUUAAUUGACAUAUCCUUGUUCAUGCUACAGAGAGGUCAUAGACAGCCAAUUUGGUCCAGUGGUUAAGGCACCAGGCUAGAAAGUGGGAAGCUGUGAGUUCAAGUCCCACCUUAACCAUAAAAGCCAGCUGGGUGACUUUGAGCAAGUCACUUUGUCUUAGCCCAACUCACCUU